AAAUUGAUAGACCGAGGCGUUUUACAUCCAUUGUUUCUCUAAUCAAUCAGUGAAUAAAAAUAAGUAUAACAAUUUGUACGCGUUGAAAAGAUAAUAAUGCCCAUAUUUUCACAACGGCCUAACUUUAAAGGCAGCAUGACACAUUGAAACUACUGAAUUCAAGCAUGAGAUGAACGCGCGAAGCGCCCUUGACGACACUAUUAUUUAAGAAAUCGCGUUGCAAAGCAAAUUUUCAACUAUAGUGUUACCUCAAUACCGGUAUUGUGUGCACGUGUAUAUAAAUUAAUAUUCUCUUCUUGGAAUUGACUCAAAAAUCAUAAUAACAUUCUAAAAAAAAAAGACAAAAGAUACUCGGUAGUUGCUAGGGAAACUUACAGAAAUUAUCUUUGUUAAAAUUAUUAAUUCUUCUAGUUGAUCAAACGGUUGCAUGUAUUCCAAGUGGUUAUUUAGGAUAAAUUCUGUGUAAAAAUGGUGCUUCUAGGAGAUACUUUUCCAAAUUUUAUCGCUGAAACGAAUGUUGGCGAAAUUGAUUUUCACAAGUGGUUGGGAGAUUCAUGGGGAAUUCUUUUUUCUCAUCCAAACGACUUCACACCCGUAUGUACAACUGAACUAGCUCGAGCUGCAAAAUUAAUGUCCGAAUUUGAGAGAUUAGGAGUAAAAGUGAUUGCUGUCUCUUGUAAUUCUGUUGACUCCCAUCGCAGAUGGAUAGAGGAUAUUAAAUCAUAUGGAGAAAUGGCAGAAAGUGACUUCCCUUAUCCAAUCAUUGCAGAUGAAUCAAGAGAAUUAGCAAUUAAUCUUGGAAUGCUAGACCCUGCUGAGUUGAAUAGUGAUGGUGUACCAGUAUCUGCUCGAGCAGUUUUCAUUAUAGAUCCACACAAGAAAAUGCGUCUUUCCAUAUUAUAUCCAGCAACCACUGGCAGAAAUUUUGAUGAAAUUCUUCGAGUGGUUGAGUCCCUCCAAUUGACUGAUAAGUAUAAAGUGGCUACACCAGUUGACUGGAAGAAAGGUGAUCCUGUAAUGGUUCAACCAACUGUAUCUGACGAUGAUGCAAAUAAAAUAUAUGGUAACAAUAUUAAAACUCUUUCCAUGCCUUCAGGUAAAUCGUAUCUUCGAAUAGUUCCUCAACCUUCAAGUUUUUGAAUUGAACAGUAUUCAACAAAGUUGAUUUCAAUC